AUGGCUCCAAACACUCUUCUUCGGGCCCUGGGGGCCACGGCAUUUCUGUCCUCUCUCGCAUCCGCCCAUAUGCAAAUGCUCAUCCCAUCUCCUUUUCGAGAUCCCAAUGCCGACCGCAAAGAUGAGCCAAAGGACUACAACAUCCUCACUCCUCUCCAUGCGGAUGGCAGUGACUUCGCAUGCAAAGGCUACCAGUGGAACACGCCGUGGACAUCAGUUGCAACAUAUGAAGCCGGAGAGUCGUAUAAUAUGACACUCAAAGGCACCGCCACUCACGAAGGAGGCAGUUGCCAGCUCAGCUUGAGCUGUGACGGUGGCAUCAACUUCAAAGUCAUCAAGAGUAUCAUUGGAGGCUGUCCAUUGGAGAAACAGUACUCCUUCACAAUCCCACCGGAGUUUGGAAAGACAAGCGAGACAACUUGCCUAUUUGCUUGGACAUGGUUCAACAAAAUCGGCAACAGAGAAAUGUACAUGAACUGUGCCGUCGUCGACAUCGUACCGAAAAAGAGGACGAGCGGCGGCGGAGGAAGGCGACCUAGCAGAAGCAGUGGUGGUUCCAGGCUCAAGGGCCGAGACGUUUCUCACGCCAACGCCGCAGCUCAAUCCCUUCUCGCCGGCUACCCGGAUCUCUUCGUCGCGAACCUCAAGAAUGUAAACAGCUGCAAUAUCAGAGAGGCCGUCACUGUCGUUUUCGACGAUCCGGGCCGUUCUCUCUCCUUCGGUGCUGGCCAAAGCGAGUCUGCAGCCCCUAGCUUCAAGCGCGGUACAUGCAGAGGUGCAGGCUUGAAUAGUGCAGAUAGCGCUGCCUACUCAUCUACCAGCUCGACGGGUGGUUGGAAGGAAAGUUUGAGUACAAGCGGUGGCCAAGAUUGGACGUGGACGGGUGGCGAUUCGUCUGAUCAAAGUACCAGUGUAUCGCAUGGUGAUGAUGGGCAGUGGCAUGGAGACAGCCAGACGAGCCAGGAUUCCGCAUGGGAUGAUGGACAGUGGCGCUCGCAGGGCCAGGCGAGCUGGAAUGCGCAGCAAGGGGGAGCUGAUGCUCAACUAGCGACCGCUGGUUCGAAACCGGCAAAUCAGCAGGAACAGGUCAAGGCGAACUUGAGUCCGGUUGAUUUGAAUGAGGUGGGACAGCAGCCUGACGCUAAUGUGCAGCGUGAGCUCGAUGCCUAUCUAGCGAAGCUGUACGGGAAAGCUCCGUCACACCAAAGGAGAGAUGUUGAAGACAUAGACAAUCACUCCGCAUCAGCUUACACGAAUGUCAACCAGGGAUCCGUCGGAAAAAUCACCAGUUUUUCAGAGAUCGACAAUCGGGAGCAGACAGAAGUUACUAAACAGUUUGAGGAUCAGACUUCUUCUACGAACGGUGCUAUUGACUACUACAGCAAUAUCAACAAGAACAUCUUGUAUGACGGCACUAAUGCACGUCUUCGGCGCACAACGCGUCAGAAGCGUUGGGAGUCUUAUAACCAGGAUAGUGUUGAGCCCUGGUCACCAAAGAAAGAAGAGGAAUUCAAGAGCGAAGCAGUGUUGAAGAAUGAAGCAGCCUCUAAGAGCGAAGCCGCACCAGACACCGAUGCAACGACGGAGGAGAACCAAGAAGCUGUCGCCAAAUCUGCACCUCAGGCUUCCACCAGCCGUAGUGAUGAUGCAUUUUUCGCCAUCAUCGCAAACUUGCAUAAUCUCGGUGACACUUUCUUCACGCUUAUCAAGUUUGCUUCAACCUAUCUCGAUGCUCCACCUCCACCAGGAGAAUUCAUCUUUGCGACAGUCAGCAUGGAUAAUAGCACCAUUGCCAAGAUGGAAAAGCGCAUGUUGAUACAAGGCUCAGCAGAGGAGGCUUCCCACAGCGCGAUGCUGAUGGGAAAGCUGAGUAGCUUGCAAAGCCAAGUCUCUGCAGUAUUUCAGUCUGUUGAGAAGAAGGUGAAGAGUCCUGCAGGAGUCUGGGAUGGGUUAAAACGCUCUUUGAUGCAAGCGGUAUCGAAACGCCAACUUAUUAUACCAGGCAUCAUCCCCGCAACUAUACAGAACAGCGAGGAGUUUUACCUUGAUGGCCCCAUGGCUAGUGUAACACCAGAAAGCGAUGAUCAUAAGGAGAAAGACUACAGCGGACGGAAGCCACACAAUCCACCAUCCAAGAUUGCCAAACGUCAGGAAGAUGGUGUGGGGGAGCCCGGGGAUGCGGAAGCGCUGUUCCCAAAUGAUUCCCCGGGGAGGAUACCCGCUGUUGUUGGCCCGACGCCUGUGACGGACUGGUCAUCUUUGGAGGAGGAAUCGAUGCAUCGUGGUGGACGCUUGCCACCGGUUGUAGGGCCUACACCGGUCAGUGACUGGAGUACGGAGAACCCUGGAGCCAACUCCUCCGAUCGUGAAACACCUAGUGUGCAAGCAGAUGAUAUGGAAGACUUUGUUGGUGAGGAAGUCUCGCCUGGCCCCCAUGACGGAGGACAACACAACGUGACGAGUUCUAUGGCUUCCAAUACUACGAGUCAUGCUCUGCUCGGUACUACAAUCCCGACCCCGUCUCAGACAGUGAUACCGUCAGCGCCUUACAAUGACACCAACGACAAAAACAUGACGCUGGGUGAGGCUCUCAAACUUGCUUUUCCCGAACUCGUCCACCACGGACCCACUGAUGAAUCGAUUGAUCCACCACCUCGUUCUACCCAACCGAAGGAGGAGGAAGACUUGUGGCGCGAUGGCGUAUUUCCCUUCCCUCGCCAACUAGACGCCCGGCAGGAACUACCAUCCCUCAUCCCCACUCCCACUGAGCAGCCUUCCACUCCGAACCCCAGCACCAGCCUCUCGGCCGAAGAUGAAGACCUAGUAGCCAUCCUACCCUACCUCCUCGCCCCCGGACCCGUCAUGCUCCCCGGCAUGACCGGGGUCUGGCCCAACCCACAAGACCCAGAAGACCCUGGAAAGCUCGAGGCCAUGCCCGAAGACAUCAAGGACCUCACCCCGGAGGACUCGCAAUACAUCCAAAACUACUUCUCCGAAGUAGCCGCCCAAGCCCAACCCACGGCCCCCCCAACCCCCAUUAGCAACCUGGAUUCCCUCCCCCCUUUGAUCAACGACCUCACACCCGAAGACGAAUCCUCAGUCCGCGCCUUCUUCUCCUCACUCUCCGCCUCCGCCCACCCCACCCCCUCGCCCCCACCCCGCCUCCACGCCCGCCAAAUCGACCUCUUCCCGCUCACUGCCCCGUCCCCAGUCCCCGUGUCCUCCACCUGCGCUGCCAAUCGCACGGCGCUCCGCAACCUCCUCACCACCUACCAGGCUGCGCUGCGCGAGCCCUGCAACACGACGCCGUAUGUGCAGAUGAGGGGGCCGAGUCGGGUACAGAUGCAAAAUGCGCUGCGGCGGGAGUGCAAGGAGAUGAGGAAGAAGGUGGGAAGUUCGAUUGCGCUUGUUACGAGGGUUCUAAAGGGGGGGUGUGAGGACGUGGAGCAGUUUAUGGUGGAAAUAGGGGUUUGA